GAUAAAUCGAUAACGGCCCGUGUCUUAAAGAAGCUUAAGCACAUCUACCAAUAUAUAUAUAUACCAGUACUUGAUCUUUAUCUCACAGACACCCACAACUCGAACGCAAUGGCGAACAACCUUCUUCAAAGUCCAGCGCAUGCAAGCGCCGUUCCUUUUUCUCGGCCCCCAACUCCCGGAGUACACCCUCUCCAAGUUGGUUUUUGUGGCCUUGGGUCUAUGGGCUAUUUUAUGGCCCGAAAUCUAGCUAAUUCCUUCAAAUCUCAACUCCCACCUCUUCUCGUGUACAACAGGACUGUGUCAAAGUCUCAGAAGCUCCUCGCAGAACUUGGCGCAUCCACCGUCAGAGUCGCCGAUACUCUUCACCAGCUGGCUACGGAGUGCGACGUUAUCUUCACUAAUCUUGCGAACGAUGCUGUAGUAACAAGUGUCUACAACGAGUUUGCGAAGGCUCUUGCCCAAUUACCUCCAACCAAGGCCAAAAUAUUUGUUGAGAUGAGCACGAUUUACCCUACGUUGGCUGGCGAUCUUGACAGACUGUUGUCGAGCCAUCCGCACACCCACUUUGUCACUUCACCUAUCUUUGGACCUCCCCUAGCGGCAGAUAAGGCCACCCUUCUUAUUCCAAUGAGUGGAGAUUACCGGUCCAAGAAGGAAGUCGCCUUUCUCCUAGUCCCGGCAGUGGGCCGCAAAGUAAUUGACCUCGGAGGAAAUGUGGAAAAAGCUCCGACACUAAAGUUGAUCGGUAAUGGUAUGAUCAUGGGUAUGAAUGAGCUCCUCGCCGAAACUUUGACGCUUGGAGAAAAGUCUGGCAUCGGACAGCAGACUGUAUACGAUGUGAUUAAAGAUCUCAUGCCAGCACCAGGUGUGGUGGCCUAUGGUAACAAGAUGGUCAACGACUUGUUUGAUGGCUCCGUUGGUUUUGCCUUGGAUGGUGGGAUAAAAGACGCCAAUCACAUCCGCCGCCUGUCCGCGGAGCUAAACUCCCCGAUGCCUACAGUUGAUAACGCGCAUCGUGCCAUGAUCGGCGCCCGAGCGAUGCACCAGGCACAAGUGGCUGCAGGGACACAGCAGUGGGACAUUAUGGACUGGAGCGCACUGAUUGCAAGCAGCCGAGUUGGUGCUGGAUUGAAUCCAUUUGACAGCAAGAAGGGAACAGGACCAACACGAGAAGACUGAGGAAUAAGCAAACAACCAUAGAAUUGAAUUGCAUGAAGACGUGAAUGUACCUUCAAUAGAGAAAUGUAAUCCUGGUAGCAUCGGAGAAAUGAAAAUCGCCCUUCAUCAGAA